AGGUAGGUGGAGCAUGGAAAAAUAUAUCUCCAAUUUCAGUGGAAAUAUCUUGAAAACUUUGCGUCCAAGGACUUAUGAGGUUUUUCACAGUGCAAGCCUCGAGAGAUGGCAAUGAAUCAUUCAUUUGUUGUGCGCUCGAGACAGCAGACAGCAAAACAGUGUUGAAAAAGCAAGGUGUUAUGAAUGUCUACAGACCAGCUUCAGUCUUAUCUCGCAUUUUUUUUUGCGUGCCUGUUUGAGCCUGCAGAUGCCGGACUUGAUAAGAAGGACCACCUUACACCUAUCAUCUAACAUUUCACUCACAAAUUACUCCAGAAUAAUGAGUCAUGAUAUUACCAGAAGCAUGUAAUAUUACAAAAAUGACAACGUGUUGUUAGCAUUUGUACUCGAUCAUUCAAGGCCAUCUGUAGGCGCCUCGUUAUCAACGAGAACGGAUUUUUCCACCGCGGAUCGUUGCUUUAUCGAACAACUUGAGGAGAAGGAAAUUGAUCACGUAAAAUGGACGGUGUAUCAUGUUUAAACAAAACCCGCUUGGCCUCUAGUUGGAAAAUUAGCGUGACAUAUUUAACAUAGCGGUUUUCGAGAUGCUAAAAUCUUGUCUGCAAUAUUAUUAAUCCGCUCCUCUUUCAACGAUCGAUUUAUAUGUCGAGAAACCGAGGGGGGCGAGAAAUUUUUCGCGUCUACACCGACUCUCUGGAUAUGUACUUCCACUAUCUUGUUAGCACUUCCGGUCCGCCAUGCCCGUCUUGCGUCGCAAUGAUUUCUUUUCAUAUUGAUUUCCGCCUAUGAGAGGUUAUACGCGCCCAAAAAUAAUAUUUGCAAUUGUUUGGUUAAAAUGACCGGAAAUCUGAAGGGAAUUUUCGUAUUGUAGCUCUGGUUGCGUCUUAUGUAUGAAUACUUAUCGCUCAUUGGCAAGGCUGAAGCCCCACUGAGAUUCGCACUCGAUUGAAGUAACUUCAUUUACAUUCAUUUUAAUUACAUAAUUUUGUGGUUUCGGGAGUGCGAACGCGUGACUUGGGGCUGACGAUAAAUUAGUCCGAUGAUUUAAUCGCGCCUGAUUUAUAACAAGCGGAUUCGAGCAGUAAUCGUUCAGUGUGUAUAGCGAUACCCAUAGGGAGUUAGUUACAGUUUAAGGUUUCAGUACGCUCGAUCUUCAAAGCUAACAACCGAUAGAGAUUUCGAAAAGACAUGGCCCGUGUUCUGACGCACUUUUUACCGAUUGUGUUUGUUUUGGCACUUUCGCUGGUUUCAACAGUCGUUGCGAAAAGGCAAUGUCCCAAAGCCUGCAGAACUUAUAUUGCAGGUGAAGUAGAGGCAAAAAUCAGUAAAGCUGUCAGGAAUGUUGAAAAAGGAAAACGUGGUCCACGAGGAAGACAGGGUGUGCAGGGACCUAUUGGGCCUCAGGGUUCACCAGGCCCUCGUGGAGAGAGAGGCCCCAUGGGUCCUCAAGGACCAAGGGGAGAGCAGGGUCCACAAAUUUCCCUUCCAAUAUGUGAACCAGGAGAGUACGUCACAUCCGACGGGAAGCAGUUAAAAUGCGUUAAAUUUGGUGAAGAAGUUUGUAGAGCUGUAUCAAAAUGCGAGGGUACUUCAGGUUACCAAUCAACAACACCCACCAUUUCCACAACACCAACUCCCACUCAGCCUCCAGUGAAAGUGAACGUAACCAUGACCAAGUUUAUGAAGAAAUACAUGAUACAAACCCUGUACAUGGACGCGUGGGACCUGGGAACAUUUUACAUAGGCGAGCAGCUGUUCCUUGGGGUGUCCCAGCUCGGAGGGAAAAGCUUUGUUAUUUACAAGUGGGACAACGACCAUAGUGACAAAUCGUUGGAACAAGAUUCCAGUUACAGCCCGUUCCGCAGUUUCCAGAUCCUCAAAGUUCCUUUCAGUCGAAAAUGGCAACAUUUCGUCAUCGGGGAAGACGUCUAUUUUGCAGUGGCUAGCAAUUCUCGCUCACACGACUCUCCGAUCUUCAAAUGGAAUGGAGAUAUGUUUGUUCCGUUCCAGGCUUUACCCACAGUGAAAGCCUUUGAUGUGGAACCUUUUAAGAUCGGCCAAGACACCUACUUGGCCUUGGCCAAUUAUUAUGGGCGUGGUUCACAAAUCUACAAAUGGGAUGGUGAGAGGUUUGUUAAGUUCCAGGAUAUUGCUGCUGUAGGAGCUGAUGUGGAGCAUUUUGAAAUGGAUGGUACCGCGUAUUUGGCUGUUACAGGGCCCUUCUCUCGCGGCGCCUACGCAUUGAUCUACAAAUGGUCUGGAUCCAGGUUCGAAGAAUUUUACCGGCUUCCCACAGGAGAGCGAGCUUAUGGAGUCAAGGCACUUUCUGUUGAUGGCAACCAAUUCUUAGCUGUGGCCCGUUGGCGGGCACAGACCUCCCUUAUUUUCCGCUGGAAUGAAACACAUUUUGACCUCUUCCAAGAAGUUCCAUCAAGAAGGGCACGUGACUGGAUCUCAAUCACGUCUCCGUUCAUGUCACGUGAGAAAACCUACCUGGCCAUUGUGAGUAGCGACCAAGACCCGAGCAUCUACGCAUGGGACAGGUAUUACACGAACAAGUUUGUCAAGGUACAAGACAUUCCAUCGGAGAGAACGCGAGAUAUGGUGUUUUUCAACAUGGGUGAGAGCGUGUACUUAUCUGUAGCUUCUCAUAGAAGCACCGACAUUUACCAAGGAUCAUAGAACUGUUCACCAGCAAUAACAUUGAGAAUAAGAUUUCCAAGUGAUCCUGGAUGUCUCGACCUUUAAAAAAGCGCGCUGUUCUCGCGCGAAAGAGGACGUUUGAACGAUGUGUAGUGAAACAUUCAGCUAGAGUUCAAAUUCUUAAUUUUCAACUGUUAGCGUUUUUCGCGACUUACAUAUGAUUUUUCACCUCGUUACUGGAAACCGAUGGUCAACAAUGAAGACUUCAUCAAGAACAAUAGCGUUAAUGCUCCUUUUAAGGAUCGAACAAGUUGAAGUAAUAUUUCAUAUUUAUAGCAAUACACAUAUUAGAAAAAUUUGUAUAUUAUCUUCCUUUAUCGAGGACAAUGACUAUUUUGUGUACCCAUUGCGUACCUAUGUUUUUGGUCACGCGACUUGCGACGAGUUGACGGCGUUUCCAAUCGUCUUAGCGCUGUGUCAACGCCCAAAGGAAAUAGAUCCAGAGUUAAAUCAAUCAAGUCAUGGACAGAGGGAUCAGUUCUGCCGAAGUGGGUCACUAUAGGUUAAUAGAAUAGUAAUAUAUUAUUAGCAGACCUGCGUUUGCAGGCAGGGGAAUGGUAGAAGAGGCAGAGCUUCCUCUAACUGAUCUUAACACACAAGGUAAAACAAGGAGGGGGGGGGAAGGGGGUGUCUCACUAAGUCAUCUAGGCUUUGUCUUUGCACUCCACCACAACACUAAAGAUUUUCAACAAAAUAGAACGUUUAGUUCGUCUCACAAAUUGAAGAAAAGUUUGAGGCAAAACCAGGGCGAAUGGUGGUGGGGAAGAGGCACUUACAAAAGUUUGGGCAGGGCGAGAGGAUGCGCUUUAGAAGCCCUAAAACCUCCCCUCUUCCCGACCUUGAAGACUCGGAACCACGAAAAGGGUGUCCCAAUACUUCCCCUCCCCCACCCUUAACCCCGUACUUCUCAGUUUAAAGAAAGCUAUCUGCGUCAAAAAGGAGUCCAACAUAGAGUAUACUCUCUCCUCAUGUAAAUAGGUAAUCAGUUGAUGUUUUGAAUGUCAAAAUGACUAUGUUUAGAAACAACAAUAAAGAUAUUAAAAACGA